UAUAGGGGUGAUUUUGUUGAUGGGUGCUUGCUUUAGCAAUCGGAUUACGGCUGUGAGUCCUUCCAUUACAGGGUUCACUUCUAGAAGUGUAAGCAGGAGUGGCCAUGACAUCAGCUCAAAUAGCAGUAACUCAUCAGCCUCCAUAUCUGUCACUUCUAGAAGUGAGGGUGAGAUCUUGCAAUCUUCCAAUUUAAAAAGCUUCAGCUACAGUGAACUAAGAGGAGCCACAAGAAAUUUCUGCCCAGAUAGUGUCUUAGGGGAGGGUGGAUUUGGUUAUGUUUUUAAGGGCUGGAUUGAUGAGCAUUCACUUGCCGCUACCAAACCAGGAAUCGACAUGAUUGUUGCUGUAAAGAGGCUUAAACAAGAGGGCUUCCAGGGUCACAAAGAAUGGUUGGCUGAAAUCAACUAUCUUGGGCAACUGCAUCAUUCUAAUCUUGUCAAGUUAAUAGGAUACUGCUUCGAGGAUGAGCAUCGACUUCUGGUUUAUGAAUUUAUGCCUAAGGGCAGCAUGGAGAAUCAUCUGUUCAGAAGAGGUUCUUAUUAUCAGCCAUUCUCUUGGAGUUUACGAUUGAAAAUAGCCCUUGAGGCUGCAAGGUGUCUUGCUUUUCUCCAUAGUACAGAACCUAAAGUCAUAUACCGUGACUUUAAAACUUCAAAUAUCCUACUUGAUACUAUAUGUACAUAA